AUGACCACAGUCAGUCAACGCCCGGUAGAUUUCUUCUCAGACGGUCUACGGAUCCGCGGCACACUGUUCUCCCCUUCCAGCUGCAGCAGUCCUGCAAAGAAGCAUCCAAUUGUUGUCUUCGGCCAUGGGUUCGGAGGCCUGAAGGAAUGGGCGAUACCAGAGACGGCCGAAGCAUUGGCUCAAGCCGGCAUAGCAGGACUUUCUUUCGACUAUCGCAAUUUUGGCGACAGCGAGGGUAUGCCAAGGGAAGAAGUAUCACAUCUGGGACGCUUGCAGAACUGGCAAGACGCAAUAACAUACGCGCUAAGUCUGCCGGAAACCGAUGCACAGCGCCUAGGCAUCUGGGGUACCAGUCUGGGAGGUCGUGAUGCUCUCGCUAUUGCCGCCGUUGAUAAGAGGGUCAAAUCGGUUCUUGCACAAGCUCCAUUGAUCUACUGGACAGAAUCAAGUGCAGCUCGGAUGGCCGGAUAUGACGACGACCUCGUGGGCUUCCGCUCCGAUCUGGCAAAAGAUCGAAUGAACAAAAUGAGAGGCGACGAGCCUCAGUACGUCCAUUUCGUGAGAGGGUCUGGAGAUGAUAUCAAGCAGAGCUUCAUUGAAUCCUUGACGAUGGGAGAGCGUCGAAGUUUCUAUAAUCGGAUCACGUUGCAAAGCUACUCGCCCACUGUACUGAUGGACGUGUCGAGUUUGAUCUCGCGCAUCUCUCCAGUCCCAGUACGCUUUGUCUUCGCCGAAGAUGAUACACUACCAGGCCAGGUGUGGGCUUAUGAGCUGGCAAAAGAGCCGAAAUCUCUCAUCAAAAUCAAAGGCCAUCACUUCUCUCCGUACAUGGAGUCCAAGUCAAAAGCCAUUGAGGCUGCGAGAGAUUGGUUCAUCGAUACUCUCGUAGUGCGUGAUGCCGUCUAA